GAGGGUUCCAAUUUUAAGGGGGUGGAAGUGGGCAUGAGCCUGCACAGGCCGGUUUUGUGGGGGAAGGGAUGCUAACAGCAGCUAUUUGUGGGGACGUUUUUGCUGCGCCUACAGUUGAUUCAAUUUUAGCUGGCAUUCGAGCUGUUACUGGUCCAAAGGGAUGUCUUCUGAUUGUCACGAAUUAUACUGGUGACCGCUUAAAUUUUGGUAUGGCUGCUGAACAAGCAAAAUCUGAAGGCUAUAACAUUGAGACUGUGAUCGUUGGAGAUGAUUGUGCAUUGCCUCCUCCUCGAGGCAUAGCUGGUCGAAGGGGUUUGGCAGGAACUAUUCUUGUUCAUAAGGUGGCUGGAGCUGCAGCUGCUGCUGGGCUUUCUCUUGCUGCUGUUGCUGCAGAAGCAAAACGUGCAUCUGAAAUGGUUGGAACAAUGGGUGUUGCAUUAUCUGUUUGCACGCUGCCCGGUCAGGUUACAUCAGAUCGUUUAGGCCCAGGAAAGAUGGAACUUGGUCUUGGAAUUCAUGGAGAACCUGGUGCUGAUGUGGCUGAUCUUCAACCUGUGGACGUAAUAGUUUCUCAUGUUUUAAAGCAGAUACUUUCACCGGAGACGAACUAUGUUCCGAUUACAAGGGGUAGUAGAGUGGUGCUUAUGAUCAAUGGAUUAGGUUCCACACCUCUGAUGGAACUGAUGAUUGCAUCCGGAAAAGCAGUACCUAAGUUGCAACUGGAGCAUGGAUUGGCCGUUGAUAGAGUAUAUACAGGAUCAUUUAUGACUUCUCUUGAUAUGGCAGGUUUUUCAAUUUCCAUCAUGAAAACAGAUCAAGCUAUUUUGCAACUUUUGGAUGCGCCGACAAGGGCUCCAGCUUGGCCUGUUGGUGUUGAUGGUAGUCACCCACCUGCCAAGAUUCCUGUUCCAUUGCCUCCUGCUCGUUCAACAAAGAGUGAUGAGGCAUUAGGUCGGCCACUGCAACUGAAUCAAGGUGGUCAGAUUCUUGAGGCAGCUAUUGAAGCAGCUGCAAAUGCAGUUAUUGAUCUCAGGGAUAGUUUAAACGAAUGGGAUAGUAAAGCAGGUGAUGGUGACUGUGGGUCAACUAUGUAUAAAGGAGCUGCUGCAACAUUAGAGGACAUGACAAAUUAUCCUUUGAAUGAUGCUGCCGAAACAGUGAAUGAAAUCGGAUCAUCCAUUGGACGAGUUAUGGGAGGAACAAGCGGGAUCAUGUAUAAAAUAUUUUGCAAGGCAGCUUACGCACAGUUGAAAGCAAGCACCCAGUCAGACUUCACGGCAAAAAGAUGGGCAGAAGCGCUCGAAGCUGCUAUUUCUGCAGUUAGUAAAUAUGGGGGAGCUAGUGCCGGCUAUCGCACUUUGUUAGAUGCGCUUAUUCCAGCAUCAGUAGUUCUCAAGGAGAGGUUAGACGCGGGUGAUGACCCUGUUACUGCAGUUCUUCUCUCUUCUGAAGCAGCAUUGGCCGGAGCUGAGUCAACUCAACACAUGCAAGCUCAAGCUGGUCGUUCAACUUAUAUCUCUGGGGAGAUACUUGCAUCAGUUCCAGAUCCAGGCGCUAUGGCUGCAGCAGCGUGGUACAGGGCAGCAGCUUUAGCUGUUAAGGAUAAAUACCAGCCUUCUUAAUAUCAUGGUCUGUUGCUUGGCUCCAUGAGUGACUAUUGUCUCCGUGAUAUUGAUCAAGGCAAAAUACAGCAGAAGUGCACAACGAACUUUCUUUUCCAUCUUCUUUCUUUGUGUAAAAUAUUGUGUUUUCCGUCGGCGGAGAUCUUG